AUGGCCCGCCCCGCCCCCCACCCCGCCGCUCCGCGCCGCUCCGCCCCGCCCCGCCGCCCCGCCGCCCCGCCGCCCCGCCGGGCAUCAGUCGCCGGGCCGCACACAGCAGGAGCCCCAGCCCGAGCGUCCGCGCUGCGGGCGGGAGGAGGAGAGGCGCGGACGCCGGAACCCGCCCAGAGCGUGUGGAAGCUGGGCCUGAGCCAGGUGCUCCUGGACCAGGUCCCUGAGGAGGAACGCGGCCUGGGGUCUGCGCCGCUGCUUGCCGUCGCCUCUGCUGCUGUCGCCGGGCAGAUGCUGCUCCCGGUGCCCCACCGGCGCCCGGGGCUUCGUCGUGCCCUAAGUCUGAGGCAGAUUCCAGACGACAGUUACAACCCAGAGAUCCUUUACGUGGAGCUGUGGAUGCUUCCCGUGUUGUUCGGCCCGGACGGCGAACUGAUGACGGCUCUCCACCGGUGGUUCGGGGUCUUACUCGUGGUGAGCGCGGUCCCAGGAUGCGGAGUCCUGAUCUUCAUUAUUGGGCCGCCCUUCUACCAGCAUCUUACGAUGCUCCUCAUCGUGGCGGUGUCUUUCCAGCUUCGGAUCCGCGAAAACCGAGCCAGAGCUCGGACCAGACGGCUGCUAAAUUCUGCGCGGGCCUCCGGACGCUCGGUUUAAGGCUGGGACCGGUCCUGAAUCCCUUAUCCUUAUCCAGAAGUCGGCUCAUGGCGGACCUCACCACAGGGACGGCAUUGCUGGGGGAUAGAGGCCAGGAGGCUAAGGCGCUAUGAAAGAUGCAGAUGACGAUGGGUGUGGAGACCACCAUCCUUAAUUCUGUCACCUUCAAGUUACUGCAAGCUUGAGCUUUUAAGGAAAGUUUCAGUGGUUUUAUAAUAAAUUAUCUUUAUUGGUUUUGUCUUUUUUGUUUCUUUUAAAGUGAAAGCAAGUUUAUUUAGAGAGAUACACACUCCAUAGAGAGUGCAGGUGGUCUCAGAAGGCAAGAGAGAGAAUGACCCAUUGGUUUGUGUUGAUCAGUGUUCUUUCCAGGUUAUAAUGGGAAAAGGCAAAAAAAAAAAAAGUUUCAAAAAGUGCUUUCAGCUCCUCAGAGUGUUAGGGAAGGGGGUGAUGGAAUCUCUGGAGGAGUCCCCAAUACCUUGGCUCUGGAAUCAAGCUCACCUUUCCUGCCUGGGUCCCCACCAGAAAGAGCAGGGAGCUUCAGGGAGCAAGAUGCCUGUUACGGGGUACAGCCCAGCAGUCCAGGCAGGUGAAGGCCAACAGCUGUUCCUCGGUUGGGGUACUCCGGCUCUCUGCUAGCUUUUCAGGAACAAUUCAGCUGCAGCUAUGAGCUCUUUGAAGCCAGUUUGAAGGGAAUUGAAGAACUUAAAUGGAAACACGUGUGGAAUAUAUCUGGUGAAUGUGCUUGAUAAGCAGAAUUUUUGUAUUUUUGUAGAGGUGGGGAACAGAAAUAGCUGGUGAUGGAGAGGGCAUUGAGUCAACAAUGCUUUUAUUUCCCUCAGUAGAAUAGGAUGGGAUGGUGGGCCAGGUGUGAUGCUGGGGGAGGGAGAGGCUAACAACCUAGAGGCAGGUGGGGAUGAUAGCGGCCCUCAAGCCCUGUGAAAGCAGGAGGAAAGCAAACCCAGGGCCCUGGAGGAGGGAGCAGCUUCUGGAAGGGGGAGCAUAUGUAACAGGAGGCUCACAGGGCAGGACUGGAAGCCUUGUGGAGAGAUUCCUUUUGCCUGAGGAGAAAAACUUAUCUUUUUUUUAAAUUGAAGUAUAGUCAGUUUACAAUGCUGUGUCAGUUUCUGGUGUACAGCAUAAUGUUUCAGUCAUACGUAUACAUACAUUCCUUUCAUAUUCUUUUUCAUUAUAGGUUACUGCAAGAUAUUAGAAAUGGUUCCCUGUGCUAUGCAGUAGGACCUUUGCUUAUUUAUUUUAUAUAUAGUAGUUGGUAUCUGUAAAUCUUAAACUCCCAAUUUAUCCCUUCCCACCCCCUUUCCCCCCAGUAACCAUAAGCCUGUUUCCUCUAUGAGCCUUUCUGUUUUAUAAAUAAGUUCCGUUAUGUCUUUUUUUUUUUUUUAGAUUAUACAUAUAAGUGAUAUCAUACGGCGUUUUUCUUUCUCUGUCUGACUUCACUUAGAAUGAUGAUCUCCAGGUCCAUCCGUGUUGCUGCAAAUGGCAUUAUUUCAUUCUUUUUAUGGCUGAAUAGUAUUCCAUUGUAUAUAUAGACCACAAUUUCUUUAUCCAGUCAUCUGUUGAUGGACAUUUAGAUUGCUUUAAAGUCUUGGCUAUUGUAAAUAGUGCUGCUAUGAACAUUGGGGUGCAUGUAUCUUUUUGAAUUAGAGUUUCUUCUGGAUGUAUGCCCAGGAGUGGGAUUGCUUGAUCAUAUGGUAAGUCUAUUAUUAGUUUUUUGAGGAAUCUCCAUGCUGCUUUUCAUAAUGGCUGCACCAAACUACAAAGAAUACUCGUAUUUACAUCUUCUUUGACCUCUGAUUACUCAAUCUAUGGCUAUUAAUCAACAUUUCUCUAAGAAAGAAACAUUAAAAACUGUAUACUAC